AAAGCUCCGAGCCAGUCUGCCGCCGGAAUGCGGAUCGCCUUGAUUUUCCUCGUUCUCCUCGUUUCCUUCGCCUCGUCAUGCAAGAAUUUCGAUAAAUAUAUGAAUAUGUUCUGCCGUUACGGCUUGGAGCAAUCCCCAUGCACUGUUGAGGAUUAUAGCACCUACAAAUCCGCGUGCUGUGCCAUGAAGAACAACUGCUCGUACAAGGAAUUCCCGAAGGAUGAUGUCUGCUGCUUCACUGUUGAGUGCCUCAAGAGAUGCUUCCCGGAGAAGCUGCUCAAGAACGAUAAAGUCUAUUAAAUAAUUGGAUUUUGAUGUUUUAAUUUUUUUCCAAUAAAGCCAAUUUUUUAG